AUGGCGGCUGUGAAGUCUGCGGGAGUUGGUGAGAGGAGCGCCUCCCAGUCAACCUGCACUCACAGGACGGGAGGGGCACGUGAAGGGACAGCAGCACAAUCAACUCGCCUACCACCAACAUCCCUGGCUAUCCACAUGCCCUCUGCUCACCUGCACACCCCAUGGCAACCCACAUGCCCUCUGCUCACCUGCACACCCCAUAGCAACCCACAUGCCCUCUGCUCACCUGCGCACCCCAUGGCAACCCACAUGCCCUCUGCUCACCUGCACACCCCAUGGCAACCCACAUGCCCUCUGCUCACCUGCACACCCCAUGGCAACCCACAUGCCCUCUGCUCACCUGCACACCCCAUGGCAACCCACAUGCCCUCUGCUCACCUGCACACCCCAUGGCAACCCACAUGCCCUCUGCUCACCUGCACACCCCAUGGCAACCCACAUGCCCUCUGCUCACCUGCGCACCCCAUGGCAACCCACAUGCCCUCUGCUCACCUGCGCACCCCAUGGCAACCCACAUGCCCUCUGCUCACCUGCACACCCCAUGGCAACCCACAUGCCCUCUGCUCACCUGCACACCCCAUGGCAACCCACAUGCCCUCUGCUCACCUGCACACCCCAUGGCAACCCACAUGCCCUCUGCUCACCUGCACACCCCAUGGCAACCCACAUGCCCUCUGCUCACCUGCACACCCCAUGGCAACCCACAUGCCCUCUGCUCACCUGCACACCCCAUGGCAACCCACAUGCCCUCUGCUCACCUGCACACCCCAUGGCAACCCACAUGCCCUCUGCUCACUUGCACACCCCAUGGCAACCCACAUGCCCUCUGCUCACCUGCACACCCCAUGGCAAUCCACAUGCCCUUUGCUCACCUGCACGCCCGGAGGGAUGGCGGUGGUGACUUGCAGGUCCAUGGACAGUAGCAUAGCGAGCGUUACCACGUAA